AUGCACCCAGCCAAGAAUCCAUGUCUCCUUUCGCGAAAACGGCUACGGAAUUCAACAAUGAGCGACGUUGAGGACGAAGCAGUGCCUACCAUCUCGUUAAAGGUGAAGACAACAACGGCAGCUUAUGAUGUUGAAGUUAAAGCCGAUGCAACCAUUUCCGACAUCAAAGAUGUUCUUGUCACUAAACUUAAUAAUGUUGACAAAUCUCUUCUAUGCCUGAUCUUCUCUGGAAAGAUUCUCAAGGAUCACGAAAAAUUGGAAACUCACAACAUUGGCGAUGGUAUGGCGUUACAUCUUGUAGUUCGACAAGGUCAAAACCGCGCAGGACAAGCGAGCGCUGCUUCGAAUCAGUCCACUACGAAUCCUUCAUCGAAUACUACACAGGCUUCCGGUGCUUCGCCAAUGGCCAAUCCUUUGUUUGGCGGAGAUCUUUCUGCAGGAGGUCCUCAGGCCAUGGCUCAACAAAUGAUGAAUAACCCGGAGAUGAUGCGUCAAAUGAUGGAUAAUCCUAUUAUGCAGAACAUUAUGGGAAAUCCUGAAAUAUUUCGUUCACUGCUUGCUAAUAACCCUCAAAUUCAGCAACUUAUCGAGCGUAAUCCUGAGCUUGGACACGUCCUAAACGAUCCGGAUAUGAUGCGACAAACGAUGGAAAUGAUUCGUAAUCCCAACAUGUUCCAAGAAAUGAUGCGCAAUCAUGACCUCGCGAUUCGCAACCUUCAGGGUAUUCCUGGAGGUGAGGCUGCUCUUCAGCGUUUGUAUCAAGAUGUACAGGAACCACUCCUCAAUAGCGCCACAAGUUCUCUAGCUGGUAAUCCUUUUGCGUCGUUGCGUCGAGGAGACGACACAACUGCCUCUCGAAGUCAACGAGCUGGUCAGGAAAACAGCGAAGCCCUGCCAAACCCAUGGGGUGGUGGUUCUACAACAAAUUCUCAGCAGAACGCACAAACGCUUCUCGGGUCAAGUGGUAUGAACUCUUUAAUGGAGCAGAUGAUGUCUGAUCCAGCGCUUAUGCAAUCUCUGAUGAGGCCAGAGAUGAUGGACUUGUUUAGACAAAGUAUUUCACAGAAUCCUCAAGUAAUUCAGCAGAUCAUGGAGCAGAACCCAUUGGUUGCGAAUAAUCCCCAACUAGCGGAACAACUUCGUGCUCAACUCCCGAACAUGAUGAAUAUGAUGUCCAAUCCCGACGUUUUGGCAGCCAUGUCAAAUCCUCGUGUGUUAGAGGCGCUUCGUAUGGUCCAACAAGGCAUGGAUAUUCUUCGACGAGAGGCACCUGCUUUGGCAGGGAUGUUUGGGAGCGGUUUCUCGAAUGUACCAGGUGCGAAUGCUCAACGAAAUGCGUCGUCGACCAAUGGUGAAGAUUCAGUGAACGCGUUGAACGCCAUGUUUGCUGGAAUGAAUACCACAACGCUAUCCAACAAUCUAACGGAACUACCAUGA